AUGAAGCAAAAACGAACCCGCACACCGGCAAAUGAUUCGAGCAGCUCAGUGACGCUUUUGGACUUUUUCGCGACCAAGCCUGGAACAACACCCGUUCAAAGCAAGAAGAGGCCACCAGCGAAGAAAGCAUCGUCCGCCUCAUCUUCCAAACCUGGACUGUCAAGAACUACCGUUCAGGAAGUCAUCGUCAUCGACUCUGACUCGGACGACAGCGCGGUGGAGAUUGUUGAUUUUGUAGGGCGUAAACGGCAGAGGCUGGGUUCUCAGCCAGCGGGGACACCCUCAGGGGGGAAUUCCGCCAAAGUAGAGUCGAACGACGCGCUCAUCCUUACCAACGAUGUCGACAGUCCUUUUGGAGGACCUGUUGAGACCGCCGACACACACAAACGUAUUUUCCUCGACGACAAUGGUCGUAAUCCCGCCUGGGAGAAAGGCGGGUUUGGAAAGCCCGUUCUGCUACAGGAAUCCCCGCUUCCUUUGGACCCUUCUAACUCGCCGACGGUUACGCCUCAAACUGCAGGUCAUACGAAUCUUGAAACGUCUAUUGACACUCUGCCUCAGUCUGAGGAUGCCAAUUCAGCACUGGCGGUUGCUGACGAGACGGCCUGCAGUUCGUCAACCGACAUCUGCUCUAUCCCAGCGACGAAGGCUGGUUGGGACUUACCAGUGGACAUUGACAUGACGUUGGAUGAUUGGGGCACGGGGGACGACGAAUUUGUCGAAGAAUCGGGGUUUGUUGUCGAUGAUGACUGUCUCAAGGAAGAGGAAAACGAAGUACUCCGAAUAGACGACCCAAGCUGUAGCUCGAGCACUCGGAAUCUAGCAUCCCGAAGCAACGCUUUCUCGGUCCUCAUGUCAUCCUUCAAAGAGAACGAAGCGUGGAAGGAAGCAAGUGCCGCAGAGGCCAAAACCCGCCCAGCUAAAGGGGACAGUGGACGACGAAAAGCACCGUUCUACAAGGUCCUACAAGGCAUGCCCAUUGCCGUGGACGCGUUCAAGUACGGAAAGAUACCUGGUGUUACAGCCUACUUCCUCACUCACGCGCACUCUGACCACUACACAAACCUUUCAUCGAGCUGGAAGCAUGGGCCGAUCUAUUGUUCCGAAGGGACUGCCAACCUCAUCGUCCACAUGCUCUCUGUGGACCGCAAAUGGGUAAAGCCCUUACCCAUGGACACGCCAACCGUCAUCCCAGACACUCAAGGUGUAAUCGUCACCCUCAUUGAAGCAAACCACUGUCCCGGAUCAUGCCUGUUCUUAUUUGAAGGCCGCCAAACCGUCAACGCCGGAGACACCACCUUCAAAUCAGCUUAUGUCGGCUCCCCUCGAACAUUUCGUUAUCUCCACUGUGGAGAUUUUAGAGCGUCCCCUCAGCAUGUUCUUCACCCUGCUGUUAAGGGUAAAGUUAUCGACCAUGUGUAUUUGGACACGACGUAUCUCGAUCCCAAGUACACAUUCCCUCCACAACCCCUCGUCGUGUCAGCUUGUGCAAAUCUGGCUAAGAAGCUAGCCAACGGAGAGUCAACGCGUCAAGCAUCUGGGAUGUUUUCAUCUUGGCUGACUACUUCCAAAGGGAAGGGGAAGGAGGUCGACAAACCGACGUUAUUCGUCAUUGGAACGUAUUCGAUUGGCAAGGAGAGGAUCGUGAAAGCGGUCGCUAAAGCAGUCGGUAGCAAAAUUUAUUGCGAAAAACGCAAAGCUGGUCUGCUACGAUGUCAAGCUGACCCUGAACUCCACGCCAUGCUCACAUCCGACCCCGCUGAAGCUGUUGUCCAUCUGCUUCCCCUUGGUAUGAUUUCCAGCGACAAAAUGAAGGAGUAUCUGGAAAGGUUCGGCGACAAGUACUCAAAGGUCGUCGGGUUCAGACCGACAGGGUGGACAUAUGUACAGCCCUCAGGGACAGACCAGCAGCCAAGCGUGAACACGAUCCUCACACGCACAGUUCAGAAACCGUUCACUUAUGAGGACCUCAAACCCAACGGGAAAUCCACCAGCACGAUCCUGAUGUAUCCUGUCCCAUACUCUGAGCAUUCCUCCUUUUACGAAUUGACUUGCUUCGCCAUGUCGCUCAACUGGACGAAAAUGAUCGCCACGGUCAACGUAGGCAGCGAGCGGAGUAGAGGCAAAAUGACGAAAUGGUUUGGCAAGUGGGAGGCGGAGAGAAAACGCAGGGGAAAGGUAGAAGUAGUCGCACACAGACACAUAGAGUACUGGUAG